AUGGUUUUGCCAAUUUCUCAUCAUAUGUUAAAUCAAAAAUCUGAAGUACUAAAUGGGCUAACUUCUCCUUCAUUGCCACAAAGGCCUGUUGAGUUAAUGGGUAGUCUUAAGAAAUACCCCAUGCAAUAUAGUAUAA